AUGGGACUUACCGUAGGUAUAAUAAUAAUAAUUUUAUUAUCUAUAUUUGGCCCAUCUGGCUGGGUUUUCCCCCAGCCACUCUCUCCCCCCCCCAUCGCCACCCACUGCCGUCUUCCUUAACGAGCAACACAUCCUCAUUAGCCUGGUGCAAACCAUGAAGCUGCUGAAACUGCGCCGGAACCUGGUCAAACUCUCCCUCUACCGCCAUUUCACCAACACGCUCAUCUUCGCCGUCAUCGGUGAGUCUGGGGGAGAAGGGGGACCCCACCCCAACCCGUCUGCUUUGCGUCUGUAUUAUGUGCGUGUCCAGGUUUCCCAGUCCCAUCUGAAGGCAGAAUUCAUGGGAUUGUUGCGCUGAUUGGGACCCCCAGAGGUUAUCCAGCCCGACGCCCGGAAGUAAGGCAGGAAUUGCCAUAACUGUCUACUUUUCUCUUUUCUUGCGGGGAAUCCUAUUCAGAAUAAGGGAAUUUCCCUUUAAAAAAGGGAAACAUUGAUAGCUAUGAUCCGGGAUUGCGGCUAAGGGGUCCCGGCAGCUGGCUGCCCAGUGUCUGCAGAAGAUUCAUUUUCUGAGCCAAAAGCCCACCAUGGAAGGUUGCAGAAUUCUCGCCAUGGGGAAAUGCAAGAUUUUCAGAAGUACAGUGGUACCUUGGUUCUCAAACUCAAUCCGGAAUUCCGUUCCAAAACCAAAGCAUUCCAAAGCCAAGGUGCCCUUUCCCCUAGAAAGUAAUGCAAAAUGGAUUAAUCCAGUGGUGUCCAAACGUUUUACAAAGAGGGCCAGAUUUGAUGAAGUGAAGGGCCGUGAGGGCCGGCCAAAGGGCCAACCAUAGGGUUUUUUUUACCUUUUUUUAGGAUUGAAGUUGUUGAGAUUUUUCCAGGAUUUUACCCCAGGAAAUAAACUGCCACAGGGGCUGGAUAAAACCCAAAACGGACUUUGGACAUGCCUGGGUUAAUCUGUUCCAGACUUUUAAAAGCAACCCCUAAAACAGCCAUUGAACAUGAAUUUUACUAUCUAACAAGACCAUUGAUCCAUAAAACGAAAGCAAUAAACAAUGUACUGCAGUCAAACGUUCAAUCAAUUAAUCAGUAGCUGAACUGGGUUCCACACAGUCACAAAAACAUAACAAAAAAGAGCCACAAAAAUGCAAAAUAAAUAGCAAAAACAGACAGACCUCAGUGUAACACUCCAAUCGGAAGCGUAACACUCAAAUCAGAGCACGUUCGGCUUCCAAAAAAUGUUCACAAACCAGAACACUUACUUCCGGGUUUGUAGCAUUUGGGCUCGAAGGCUUUUGAGAACCAAGGUACCACUGUACCUAAAUAAAUAACUCUCUUUAAGUUGCAGUAAUCCCCAAAACAGCUCCGAUGCGCACUGAGCACACUCGGUGCACGCAGGUAGCUGAUGCUCCUGGAGGCGUGUAAUGAAACGGGCCGCUCUGGAGGGAGGGCGUGGCUGGCAGGCCGAAGAGAAGCCCUCCACGCUGCAACUUUACGUUGCAGCGCUGACUUGCAUCUUGGUUAUUCCCCAAAGGAAAUAAUCAAGGCGAUGGGACGGCCCCAAAAAAACACCUGCGGUCGUAUUGAAAGGCAGGAUACCUGGAGGUCGCAGAGGGUGCCGCUGGUUUAAAUGGCACAAGAUAAAUAUUUGGCAUUGCUGCCAAAGUCUCAUCCAACUCACCCAAAAUUUGUUUCCUCUGCAGCUUCUGUUAUCUUCAUUAUAUGGACCACUAAGACUUUCAGGCUCGCCACGUGCCAGGCAGUGAGUACUGAGGAACCCCAUCCAAAUGGGGGUGGGGAGACGGACAUUUUUUGGGGGGUGCUGAGCUGAUGGCGAUUAUGAUCUACAUUUGAACAGAUCUUUACAAAUACUGUUUAAAUCCUGUUAAGAGUUUUAACUGCUUUUCAGCGAUCCCAGUUACCGUACUUUUCCUUGUAUAAGACUAGGGGUUUUUUUACUUUAAAAUUAUAUGAAAAACUGUGGGUCUUAUACAUGGAUAAUGAAUGGUGGGGAUUUCUUAAAUUGGAGUCCCUAAUAAUUAGGGAGCGUCUUAUACAUGGGGGCGUCUUAUACACGGAAAAAUACAGUAUAUAUCAGGGGUCAGCGAACUUUUUCAGCAGGGGUCCGGUCCACUGUCCCUCAGACCUUGUGGGGGGCCAGACUAUAUUUUGGAAAAUAAAAAAAGAACGAAUUCCUAUGCCCCACAAAUAACCCAGAGGUGCAUUUUAAAUAAAAGGACACAUUCUACUCAUGUAAAAACACGCUGAUUCCUGGACCAUCCGGGGGCCGGAUUUAGAAGGCAAUUGGGCCACAUCCGGCCCCCGGGCCUUAGGCUGCCUACCCAUGAUAUAUAUGUUUACAGCUUUUUCUAUUUUACCUAUGCAAGCUGCCUCAAGUCCCAGUCUAGGAAAAAAGGCGAGGUGAUCAUUAUUAUUGUCGCUAUCAUCGCUUCGCCCCGGGUCAAAGAAAUCCUAUUGGUGCACCUUUUGUCUUUUUUUAAAAAAAGGCUCAUUUGUGUCCUUACCUGGCAGGGGAGGCACCUUGAGUUCUCUCCAGAUAUGCCAAAAGUGCAAGGCUGGGUCUCGGGCUUGGGAGGAGAGUAGGCCGUUUGACUCAGGAUGAGAUUAAUUUCUUCCUCGCUGCUCAUCAGGACUGGAGGGAGUUGUGGAUCGACGAUGCUUUUUGGAGAUUCCUCUUCUCUAUCAUCCUUCUGGUGAUCAUGUUCCUCUGGAGACCCUCAGCCAAUAACCAAAGGUACAGCAACCUCUGGGCAGGCGAUGCUCUGAAACACACCUUGAAUCCUGACAAGACAGAAGUACUGUUUCUGGGGGACAGGAGGCGGGCAGGUGUGGGGGACUCCCUGGUCCUGAAUGGGGCAACUGUGCCCUGAAGGACCAGGUGUGCAGCCUGGGAGUCAUUUUGGACUCACAGCUGUCCAUGGAGGUGCAGGGCCAUUCUGUGUCCAGGGCAGCUGUCCACCAGCUCCACCUGGUAUGCAGGAUGAGACCCUCCCUGCCCGUGGACUGCCUGGCCAGAGUGGUGCAUGCUCUAGUUAUCUCUCACUUGGACUACUGCCAUGCGCUCUACGUGGGGCUCCCUUUGAAGGUGACUUGGAAACUACAACUAAUCCAAAAUGUGGCAGCUAGACUGGGAACUGGGAGCGGCUGCCGAGACCAUAUAACACCGGUCUUGAAAGACCUACAUUGGCUCCCAUUAUGUUUCCAAGCACAAUUCAAAGUGUUGGUGCUGACCUUGAAAGCCCUGAACGGCCUCAAAGGCCCAGUAUACCUGAAGGAGCAUCUCCACCCCCAUCGUCCAGCCCAGACACUGAGGUCUAGAUCCGAGGGCCUUCUGGCGGUUCCCUCAUUGCGAGAAGCAAAGCUACAGGGAACCAGGCAGAGGGCCUUCUUGGUGGUGGCACCCGCCCUGCGGAACACCAUCCCAUCAGAUGUCAAAGAGAACAACAACUACCAGACUUUUAGAAGACAUCUGAAGGCAGCCCUGUUUAGGGAAGCUUUUAAUGUUUAAUAGCUUAUUGUAUUUUAGUGUUUUGUUGGAAGCCACCCAACAUAUUAUUAUUAUUAUUAUUAUUAUUAUUAUUAUUCCGCUUAGAAGCAUUCACUAACUCCCGGCUCGGCCUACCUGAUACGGUUGUUGUGAGGGGAGGGAUGAGGAGGCAACGGAUGCUGCUUCUUGGAGGAGAAGCAAGCAGGCUGAGAACUGCGGCUUGACUUCUUGGCUGCUCUCCCCAGGCAUUGCAGGGGGUGGGCUAGAUGGCACACACACACCCGGAUCCCUUCUAACUCCGCAACUCUGACUCCAGGUACGCCUUCAUGCCCUUGGUGGAUGAAGGCAGCGAGCCGGAGGACGAGGACGAGGAGCCCAUGGUCAACGAGGCCUUUGGUAAGCGCUCAGCCCCAAGGGAGCCUUGCUGCGUUGUGUGGGGCAGGCCUGGGGGUGGGGGGCUCAGGGAGGUGAAGGUGGAGCAUCUCUCCAGGCUACUGGCCGUCAGUUGUUACCCGGAGAGGUGCAAUGUAAGACGUAAAGGUUCCUGCUGGGGAAAAACCAAAAACAUGCAGCCUUCUCAAGCGGUGCAAAUUUGCACGCGUUUGCAUGAAUCUCAUCAAAUCAAAAUAUAUUGCUUAACCAAGCGUAGCCAAAAAAAGAAAUAAGCAAACGUAUUUCCCGUAAAACGAACAGGCGUGGUGCAUAUCUCAAGUCGCAAGGCUAGACUCACAGGCAUAAGGUUCGUAAUUUGUUGUAAUUAAACUGAUUUGUAAAAAGGUUACGUGGUAAAAAUACGAGAGAGAGACAUUACACAUACUUUUGUAAAUCAAGAAAAUUUUUAUUAAAAAUACAUUAAAAUAAAAUACUUUUUUUUGUUUAAAUUGCAUAAAAUACUAUCGGUAUGUAAAGCCAUAACUCCUUGGGACCAGUUUGCCUUUCCCCACUUGGAUCGGCGGAUCAGGCCCUGUUCUAAGUACCCCCAUAAUCCCCGUUCCGCGUUUGUAAGAGGUGUCCUUCUUCUCGACCCCACCCUGUUUUUCAGAAGGGAUGAAGAUGAGAAGUUCAAAGCCUGAAGCCAAUGGGAUCCUCAAGGGCAGCAGAGUGGUAAGGAUCCUGCACCCUGUCCUCCACAAGCUGUAGUCCAGGCACCUCUCCCGGUGGCCUGGUUUGCAAGUCGCACUCAGCCAAACCAUGGUUAGCCGGGAACACGAAACCCCGGUCUACCCUAAACCAUGGUUUGGCCUCGCCUCCUCCUUUUCCUUUCUCUUUUGUCAGUUCUGGAUCAUAAGGCAGCUGGCUGCCUCUUCUGGUUGUAGCAAAGUACCCAGUAAUCUUAUACAGUGGUACCUUGGUUCUCAAACUUAAUCCGUUCCGGAAGUCCGUUCCAAAACCAAAGCGUUCCAAAACCAAGGCACGCUUUACCAUAGAAAGUCAUGCAAAACGGAUUAAUCCGUUCCAGACUUUUAAAAACAACCCCUAAAGCAGCAAUGUAACAUGAAUUUGACUAUCUAAUGAGACUAUUGAUCCAUAAAAUGAAAGCAAUAAUAGAAGUACUGUGUUAUAAAAUAAAUAAGACAAUAUGAUGAAAAUUAAAAUUAUUUUUUUUCUUACUUGCUCUGAUGAUAGUUAUUGUUUGGAUGGGGGACUUUUAUCCAUUUCCACAGUCACACAGUCAGUCAGUCAGUAGCUGAACUGGGUUCCACACAGUCACAAAAACAAAUUAAGCGAAAAAGCCUCAAAAACAAAAACGCAAAAUAAAUAGCAAAACCAAAAGCGCCAAAUACCUUGGUUCUCGAACUUAAUCCAUUCCGGAAGUCCAUUUGUUUGGAGACCAGAUUGGUGCAGGCACCCCGGAAACUAUAGCCGACAGCCGCAUCGGAUGUUCGGCUUCCGAAAAACGUUUGAAAACCAGAACACUUUAUUUCUGGGUUUUUGGCAUUUGAGUACCAAGGUACCACUGUAUUUCUUACAAAUAAAAACACACCGAUUUCCGUCCUUUGCCAUCUUUUUGGGAUGGCAUCCCGCUCUCUGCUGGCUUUCGGCGCACGUUUGGAGCCCAGUCCAGGUAGAACAACCUGCGUUCUCCGGUUCUGAAGCCUUGCUGUUCAUCCACAAAUCUUGCUUCGUUCCCCUUUCCCAGGAUGAAGACUUGAAAUGGGUUGAAGAAAACAUCCCGUCUUCCAUGGCUGACGUGUAAGUUGUUGGUUUCCAACCCCUCAAAUGCUUGUUUGUGGGCUGUCAACUGAUUUAUUGUUCAGCUGUGUAGCAUUUAAUCAAAUAAGCAAGUCAGUGGUUUGGAAAUGCAUUUUGUGCAAACGUUCUGUAAAGACAGCACUUUGAGGAUUCUGCAGUAAAGGGGGCAUUCACAAUCUAUUGUUAUUAAAUUUUAUUAGUCCCUUUUUUGCCACAGCAACUCAGAAGCCUCAUUAGACAGCAGCUGGAUGGCCAUUUGUGACUGAUUCCUCAUCAGUGAUUCCCUCAUUGCCGGGGGUUGGACUAGAUAUCCCUUGGGGUUCCCUUCCAACUCUACAGCUCUGUGAUUCUAGACAGGCCCAAGCUGAUUUAAUCCGCUCCCGAGUUUGACUCUCCAGUGAAAGACCUCAGUUUUAAUUGCUCUGAUUUUAUCAGUUGACACCUGCAGCCCCUGUCUAGCAAUAUUACAAAGAUUCACAUUAAUAAUCUUCCUUUUCCCUCUUCCAGCGUGCUCCCUCCUUUGUUAGAUUCUGACGAGGUAAGCCAAGUUCAGUUUAAUUUGUGUGAUUUGGCCUGAUGGAGCGGGGCCCUUGCUAUGUUUCAUGCGAUAGGCACACUGUGUCGGCGUUCCUGGCCAGGCCAUUGAGAUUGCAACCCAGAACUGGAAAAAACUACCGUAUUUUUUGCUCCAUAAGAUGCACCUGACCAUAAGACGCACAUAGUUUUUAGAGGAGGAAAACAAGAAAAAAAAUAUUCUGAACGAAACUGUGGAUGUAUGAUUUUUGUGGUUCAUGCUGUGGCCACAGACGUGUGAUUUGACGGUGAAUUUGGGGUAGCUCAAUGCAAAAAUCCUGAGAAUCCAUGUGGAUACGUGCUUUGUAACCACGAAACAGUGGGUGCGUGAUUUGGGGGGGGCAGGCUGUAGCCAUGGACAUGCUAUGUGAUCUGGUGGUGAAUUUGGGGUGACCCAGUGCAAAAAUCCUGAGGAUCCAUGUACGUUUACCUCCCCCCUCCCAGGCAGUCUCCUUUAUCACUAGCCUCCCUUAUCUCUCUCCCGAUCGCUUGCCGAUCAGCUGCUCAGCGGCUUCAUUUCAACACCCCCUUCCCUCUUUCUAAAAAAAAAAAAGCACGAUCUGCUUUUUGCCCCUGGGCAAUUCGGCUCCAGGGACCACGCAUUCGCUCCAUAAGACACACAGACAUUUCCCCUUAUUUUUUAGGAGGAAAAAGUGUGUUUUAUGCGGCAAAAAAUACGGUAUGUCCACUGAAUACCCUUUAUCUACUUAAUCAUAAAACAACAUAAGGCCUAUGUGUCAAUUCCCUUUUUCCCACCCAGCAUCUCCCAGACUGUUCCUCCAAUUUGCUCCUGGGCAACGGCUGGUUUUAAUGAACAAAUACGCCCACAGAAUUCAAGUUACAUGGUUUUCCCAAUCCCUCCUUAUAGCUAAUCAUUUGCUAGGCCUGCCUACGAGAACCAUUGGCCGAGCUUCUGUGAGGUCACAGCAGCUAGAACUUUUCACAACCAUCAACAGAAUUGCAAAGGAGCUCCUGUUCUUAUCUGAAACAUACUGUAUUAAAGCUUUUGUAAAAAGUGGCUUUUCCCUUGUCCUCCCUCUCUCCCCCCCCAAAAAAAAACAGGAAAUAGUGACCACGAAAUUCGAAAUGUCCAAAAUGGAAUGA